AUGGACAAUGAUGAACUGGAAACGAGCAAAGAUUUAUCUGUCACGAUGAUACGUCGAAAGGAUACUCCACCAGUUACACAAACCACACCUGAACAACACAGGGUGCUGCUUAACUAUGCAAAAUCUGCCAAUUUAAGUAUAGCAUUCAGCGAAGAAGAAGAAGCAGAGUACGAGAAGCAAAAGGAAGAAUCGCAAAGGAAGGCUGAAGAACUCUAUUCUCCUGGAACAGUUCCUCAUAUCGCCAUCGAACCUGUGGAAGGGCAACGUUUAGAUAAGAUAAACGAGUCGAACUCUAUCCAAAGCCUCUCAUGUCCUAUCGACCACACUGACAAUAUGAAAGGUUCAGGAACCAAUAAAAUUCCGGUUAUUCCUGAGGAGAAUGGACGUAAAGAAGUUAUUGAAGCAGAUGAAGCGGCAUACAAUGCAGAGAUUAUCAAACGAAUGAGUCGAUCGAAUAAAUGGAUACCAGAGAAUGAAGAAGAUGUGAAUGUUCGAGCUAGACGGGCAAAUUUCCUUGCUCGAAAAGAAAGUUGGGAGAGACUUAAUCAGAAUGAUGCGAUGAGACGAGAUGAUCAACAGUCACUGCGUAUCGCACGUCCGGUUGGCAACGAAUACGAUAAGAUUAUUAGGGAAUAUAAUCGACUCGAGAGAUCCAAACUGCUCAGUAGAAGUACCCCUGAUAUCGUCGCCUCCAUCGCGGAACGACCAUCAGUACUCUGGUCAAAAUCAGAU